CUGGGGGUCUUCAAGCUGAGCGUGCACUGCAGCUGCGAGCUGGACGCCUGCCACGCCGACGAGAUGCGCAUCUCCAUCGAAGGCUUCGAGCAGCAGCGCGGGGACAUGCAGAGCAUCGCCAAGAAGCACCGCCGCGUGCCCUACGUCCUGGCCAUGGCGCUGCCUGCAGAGCGCGCCAAUGAGCUGCACAGCGCCCGGCGGCGGCGGGACCUGGACGCCGAGUAUUGCUUCGGGACGGACGAGAAGAACUGCUGCGUGCGGCCGCUCUACAUCGACUUCCGCAAGGACCUGCAGUGGAAGUGGAUCCACGAACCCAAGGGUUACAUGGCCAACUUCUGCAUGGGGCCCUGCCCCUACAUCUGGAGUGCCGAC